CCUCUCUCUUAUUUUCUCAGCCCCAGCACGCAGCAUCCCCGCGACGCUGUAUCUCAGUCUAACUCGUCCCUGUGCCUGUGACUGGACAAGCCCCCCCGACACUCCCUCCCUUUGGCUUUGGAUCUGUACCACUCCUGGGCUCCCAGGUGUCAGUUUCGCUUGGAAUUUCUGGCCGGUCAAUUUCUCGCUCUGGUCCUGCUCGCAUCCUUUGUGGUGACUGUGGUUGGAUUUUUUUUUUGAAAUCCUCUCCCCCUCUCUCUCCUCUGAAUCCGAGGCUGAAAUUGUCGAGGUAACUGAAAAACGAAGGUGGCAAAUACACACAGCCGGCGGACGUGAAGAUGUUUUGAAGAGGAGACGCGGUUUUUCCUGCCGGUUCCCUCUCUGUAUCCUCUCCCUCUGUCUCGCUCUUUCUCUCUGUCUCCUGUCUAUGGGAGCGUGUGAGCAACGCCUGGCAAAGUGAGGGGGGGGGGGGGGCGAUUAUAAAGGGCUCCGGACAAGCUUGUAGCAGUUUUGACACACUGAACAUGUCGCGUUGGCCUGCCUUUUCUGCGCGGGGAUUUCUGUUGAGGAUUCUGUGCGUUACUUGUAGUUUGCAAAACUGUUUGUGGGUGCAGGCCUGCCCGGGGAACUGUAUCUGCAAAAUCAGCCAGAUUUACUGCAACCAACCCGAUAAUGUCACCAUUUUCCCCGUCCUGGACUUGCAGGAGAUGGAGAACGUUACGGAAAUACACAUCGAGAACCAGAAGAGUCUUCAAACAUUGAACGCUUUUGAUAUGGAGCCUUAUAUUGGACUCCAGAAUCUGACAAUCAUAAAUUCAGGACUACGGUCGAUUGCUCCACGAGCUUUUGCCAAAAAUCCUCACCUUCACUACAUCAAUCUUUCGGGUAAUCAUCUCACCAGCCUUUCCUGGCAGCCCUUUAGGACACUGCAACUCGCCCAGCUUAUUCUGGUUGGAAACCUAUUCAAUUGCAGCUGUGAAAUCCGCUGGAUCCAGCUGUGGCAGGAAGCUGGUGAAGCUCAGUUAGAUCGGCAGCAGCUGUACUGUAAGACCGAAAGCUCCAGCAUCCUCCUUUCCCACAUGAACAUCCCACAGUGCGAACUGCCAGAGAUCAGCGUGAGUCACAAUGAUUUAUCAGUGAAGGCGGGAGAUGAUGCGGUGGUGACCUGUAAUGGAUCGGGCUCUCCACUUCCUGAUGUGGACUGGAAUGUCACUCACUUACACUCCAUUGGCAUUCACCAGACCAACAAUAAUCUGACGAUGGUCUCUGCUGUAAACUUAACCCUAUUUAAUGUUGAUCAGAAGGAUAAUGGAAAACUGCUGACAUGCAUCGCUGAAAACGUAGUGGGGAUGACGAAUGCCUCAGUGCUGUUACAUGUUUACUUUCCGCCUCAUAUCAGCGAGCUAACAGAGCCUGAACAGCGACACAUGCAUUGUAUUGAGUUCACCGUCUUUGGCAACCCCUUGCCCACCAUUCAUUGGUUACACCGGGGCCACCGGUUAAAUGAGACCGAGUACAUCAAAACCAAGGUCUAUGAUGAGUCGACAGACUGGCUCCAUGGGUGCCUGCUUUUUGACAAACCCACCCACUACAACAACGGAAACUAUACACUUGUGGCUGAAAACGACUUGGGAUUGGACACAGAGACGGUCUAUGCUCAUUUCCUGGGUAUCCCAUUUCCUGAAAUCCUGGAGAACCCGUUUUACAUUCCAUCAUUUGAAGUGACAACAGGCCCUCCAGUCAGUGUAACCCACAAGCCCGAGGGAGACACUUUUGGUGUCUCCAUCGCUGUUGGACUUGCUGCAUUUGCCUGUGUCCUCCUGCUCGUCUUGUUCAUAAUGAUUAACAAAUAUGGACGCCGUUCCAAAUUUGGAAUGAAGGGGCCAGUAGCUGUGAUCAGUGGUGAGGAAGAUUCUGGAAGCCCACUCCACCACAUCAACCAUGGGAUUAUCACACCCUCAUCUAUGGAUGUUGGACCAGACGCUGUCGUUAUUGGGAUGACCCGGAUCCCAGUGAUUGAAAAUCCUCAGUAUUUCCGUCAGGCUCACAGCCUCGGGAAAUAUCCAGAGACACAUGUACAGCACAUCAAGAGGAGGGACAUUGUUCUGAAACGAGAGCUGGGUGAGGGAGCUUUCGGGAAAGUUUUCUUGGCCGAAUGUUACAAUUUGAGCCCAACCAAGGACAAGAUGUUGGUGGCAGUUAAGACUCUGAAAGAUGCCACUGUCUCGGCACGAAAAGACUUCCAACGAGAAGCCGAGCUCCUCACCAAUCUUCGGCAUGAACACAUUGUGAAAUUCUACGGUGUCUGUGUUGAUGGUGAUCCUCUCAUCAUGGUUUUUGAAUACAUGAAGAAUGGAGAUUUGAACAAGUUCCUGAGGGCUCGUGGCCCAGAUGCGAUGAUUCUGGUCGAUGGGCAACCACGGUUGAAAGGGGAAAUGAGUAUCUCUCAGAUGUUAAACAUCGCCACACAGAUUGCAUCUGGUAUGGUGUACCUGGCCUCACAACACUUUGUUCACAGGGAUCUGGCCACUCGCAACUGUCUGGUUGGAGGAAAUGUGCAGGUUAAAAUUGGAGAUUUUGGAAUGUCGAGAGAUGUCUACAGUACAGAUUAUUACAGGGUGGGUGGUCACACCAUGCUUCCAAUUCGCUGGAUGCCUCCUGAGAGUAUAAUGUAUCGCAAGUUCACCACCGAGAGUGACGUCUGGAGCUUUGGAGUGAUCCUGUGGGAGAUCUUCACCUAUGGCAAACAGCCUUGGUUCCAGCUCUCAAAUAACGAGGUGAUUGAAUGCAUCACGCAAGGCCGUGUUUUAGAGAGGCCGAGAGUGUGUCCUAAGGAGGUCUACGACAUCAUGCUGGGAUGUUGGCAGCGAGAGCCACAGCAGAGGCUGAGUAUCAAAGACAUUCAUCGGAUCCUCCAGGCUCUCGGCAAGACCUCCCCCAUAUACCUGGAUAUUCUCGGCUAGUGGACCAAGUACACCAGCCCCCUCCUGAAUGUACUCUAUCCCAACAGUAAACUUUGGCUUCAUUUGGGAAUAUCAAAAUAAAAAAGUGAAGUGCCUGCUGUAUAUAAAAUGUACAGUUGUUUCUGAGGCAGUUUUCCUGGUAUCUGCACGCAGAAAGCUCCUGUGAAGAAAUUGCAAAGGAAGUUUGGUUCCAAACAACAUCCCUCCAAACUGGCGACACCCUGUCACCACGUCCCAACCGAUUGUAAUGAGGCGAGAAGCCUCUGCCUGGGGUGGGGGGCAGAACAGAAGAAAAAUCCGCAAUGUUAUUGGGAUCCUCCAACCCACUGGGCCCCCUCGGAUGACUGGUUCCAACCAAUUUCUUCGCCACAAAGCCAACUUGUGACGAGGAUGCUUUUAUCCAUUCCUAUGUUCUGGUAGAUUUCACCUGGUGAGCUGCCCAUGGCAUGAAGCUGAUCUGCCCUCAGCAAGGGCAGUGAAUUCAGAUGCUGAAAGGAAUCUGCAUCAACCACAUUUGGGCAACCUUUCCGAGGUCACUUAUAAGGGAUCGACAAUGUUUGGAACGUUGUAAAUCUUUUAAGGGCAAUUGUCUGAUGAUUGCAGGUUGCCCGAUAAAGUGAGGGAAGUGCGACAGGAACAGAAUUCUAGGGUUGGUUGGGCUACUGAGCUGCAGUACCCAGUGGUCAAAGGCAGGUGCCAUGAUGGUCCUUAUUGUCCAAACAAGCGCUUGCUGUAGGUCGAAUCUGGCUGCUACUGUGGCCAAUUCUGUACUUUUUUUUGUUAACCAACUGUUACUUCAAAGUUGUUGUCAGCUACCUUGUGUGCUGCAGUUAUGAUGCUUUAAUAGACGCCUGUAUUAUCCAUCUGUAUAUUUAUAAGCAGAAAUCUUUUCACAUUACUUUUAAUUUCCAGGCUACAAGACUCAGCAAUGUUUGAAGAGAAAAUAAACUCCAUGUUAAUGAUGUGGAGGCAGGAAGAGCUCCAUUCCAUUUACUUCCUGAGCUAAAGGUCAUAGAGCAAUGAGUCACAGGCACUGAUGCCUAUCACAGGAGGGUAAAGUGAAGUGAAACCUAAUCGCUGUAUCCCAGUGAGUUACCGGUAAAACAUCUGUAGACCACAUGCCCGUUUGAAAAGCAUUGGAUGUUCUGCCAGCGAUAGCAACUGUUCAUGCCAAGCAGAUGGGAGCCCAUCACUCAAAGCCGCUUCCCACAGUUGGCAUUAAUCUUGCCUCCUCAUGUUUGUAUGAGCUAAGGGAAUGCCUAUAUUGCACUGAGACACCUCUUCCACCUCUUCCUACUGUUGGCUAUUGGCAACCUGGUCUUUGUCUGUGGACUGCCUGCUAUCCAGAUUAAUGCCAACUGCAGACCUGUUCCUUAGCAAAAGGAAGUAAAGGACAGAAUGGUGAGCAUUUGUAGGAUAUCAGAAUGUGACGAUGAACUUUAAACUUGCUGAGUAUCAUCCCUUCUCAGCCACAUUGUAGAGUUUUCCGUUAGUACGUUUGUUCCGAGUAAUCUCAAAUCCUGUGCUCCCAGAGACUAACUAAAUGGGCAAAGAACUAAUAUCUAUGUUGUAGAUGACACUCUCCAGAAAACCUGAAGAAACCUGCAUUGUCUCAAAGAAAGCAGUGAGCUUAGCACACCGGUCCUCUGCUUCAUCAACCCCAAGCUUCCUUCGUGCAUUGAGAAAACUUUUAACUCCCUUGUGUACAGUUGGGACUUGUGCUGAAAUGGAGAGAAGGUGAAGGUACAGUGGCCCAAUCAUGGCUCUACCUGCUAUUCUCUUACAUUCGUGGACACUUACAAAAUUGCUGGAUUGACAACUGAACAAAAGAUGGAAGCGCUGCUGACAACAGUCAUGUUUCAGAAGCCCAGCGGGAUAUGGCACUGUGUACCAAGUAAUAGCAGGCACCUCUGAAGGCUUGGCAUUAUAAACCUUUGAACAAGAGCUCAAGGGCAUAAACUGAGGGGGAGAUACAAGUGGCUCUGAAUUGCUGCAUUCACAUGACAUUUUAUGGGAUCUACUGAGCCACAAAAGCUGGAGACAGUGCUCAGAUGUUCAUUUUUUUUGAUAGGGUGUUCCUGUUUCAACAGUACUCCAAAAGGAGCUGAAGUGUUGUAAUCCUGCAGAAAACACUUUGUUUUGCUGUUAACUUAUUAUGUUUUUAAUCUCUACCAUCUAUGUCAUGUUGCUCUUGGCAAAAGAGAAUUAAGCAACACCUUGUAAUGUUUUGCUGCUACGUAUGACCAUUUUCUUCAUCGCUACACUGUGAACUUCCAGAUUUGGAAGUUCCUGAAAAUCAAAUGGUUAUUAUUUACCCAGUUUCGGCACUUCGCCCACUGAACAGUAUCACCAUCCUGGGAGUUACGGUUACAUGACACCAGGAUCAAACCUGGGAGUGACACUGACUCCAAUGAACUUAAUUAAUAAGGGGGUAAAAAUUAUUCUGGGCACUUAAUUUGUGUGUGGCAUAAUCAUAAAAAUGUUAUUAGAAUAUUUCUCUUGUAUCUCUUGCUAUUUUAUAAACACAUUUCCAAUUUUAUUGCAACUGCUGAGCAGAGGAAAUCUUCAUCAAUGCAUUUAUGAUGCCACCACACACAUACAGCAAAUGAAUGUACCGCAAGAACUCUGGCCCAGCUUCUGCAACACCACAGCUGAAGGACGGUGAUAUGAGAAUGGGAAAGUGAGUGCUGCCAAGUUCCAGCAUUUAUCUGUUUCAAAUCUCUGUCAACAGGGUGCAGAAUACAAUCGUUGCCCCUCUUCCCAAUUCUCUACUCUGUCUCCUGUUCAGAAGUGCAGAUGAAUGGAGUAGUUUGUAUGUGACUAUGUAACUCUAACAUUCUUUUGCCUUGAAAAUGCAGUCAGCUGGAAUGCUCAUUAAAGACUCAUUAAUUAAAGGCCCUGUUAUUCCAUGUAGACUGGAAUCUGACAGUCUUUGCAGUUUGCAAUAUAUUCAUCAUCUGAUAGCUGACUGAUACUCUGUAAUUCGUAAACUGAUUAAAAGCAGUAAAAGUCUAAAAAUGUUUUGUAAAAUUCUGAGUAAAAACCUUAACAGAAGUUUUUUUUAAUGCAGACCCUCUGCAGCGAACAAAACUGCAGAUAAACUAUCUGUUCAGACUUAAUAAUAGUGCUGGUCAGGUAGAGCAAUCAUCCAGGAUGGAUAGAAGGUAAAGGUUCAACACAGUGUCAUAAAUCCACAACCUUGUGAGGCUCAGUCAGUACUUGGUAGCUGAACUCAAUGGAUUGAGUAACUGUUUUGUAACUCACUUUUAAUCAUCCGAGUGUUUUAAACAAAUCUCGAUCAAAGCAGCUUGCCAGGGGUAUUCCAUGUCAAGUAAACCAAGUGAGAAGAAAUUUUGUGACGGAAGGAACGUAUGCUACUUUUCAUCAGACGACUAACAGUAUACUUCAAUAACAAAUGCGAGAUAUGGUUAGAAAAGUAGAGUCCAACAAACCUGUGAGCACUCAUAGCAUUUGUGCCUGCUGGCUUGGUCGAAGGCCUGAACUCUCCACCACACUACUAGCUCACAAGGGGACAGAAGUUUACACCAGCUUACCCUACACGCCAGGAAUUCGCAUUCUACCAAGGUUCUGACGCUAGCAUAUUCUCUGUUUCCCUCUGCCCCUGCCUAUGACCCUGCCAUUGGCAGGCAUGCAUUUAGCCUUCCAAACUUUGGGCUCUGGAAUUCAUUUCUUAAUCACCUCCUACUUUUCACCGCACUGUCCCCCUUGAAGAUCCUCUUUGACCAGGUCCCACCCAACAGGUCUUACUUUCUUAGUCCAUUUUUAUCUGAUUACGCCUCUGCAAAGCAACUCGGAACAUUUUUCUACAUUAAAGGCGCUAUAUAAAUGCAACUUAUUGUUGAUGACAGUUUGUGUGAGUGAAAUGUAUAGUCAUAUGUGGGCAUGAGACCAUGACAGUUUUUACCAGUUCUAUUAUCAGCCACAUAAUGACUGUAUCAAAUAAAGGCCU